AUGGCUGCGCUUAGACUCCAUGCGCUCGUCCGGUCGCGCCCUUCCUGGUCUGGUCCUGUCCUGCGCCGCUCCCCGCAGCAGCCAUGGCGGAGCUACUCCGCUGCGACGACGGGGGGUGACACAUUGCCCUUGGCAGGGAUCAGGGUGCUGGAUAUGACGCGGGUGUUGGCUGGACCUUAUUGUACUCAGAUUCUGGGUGAUCUGGGAGCGGAUGUGAUCAAAGUCGAACACCCCACGCGAGGCGACGAUACUAGAGCUUGGGGGCCCCCGUAUGCGAAAUAUGAGGAUGCCUCCAGAAAAGGCCCGGGAGAGAGCGCGUACUACUUGGCGGUACGAGAUAGAUACACCGGGGUACUAUCAAUUGACUCGGCUGACGAGGUACAACAGGUCAACCGCAAUAAGAAAUCUAUUGGCCUGUCCUUCCAGCACAAAUCCGGCGUCGAGAUCCUCCACAAACUAGCCAAGGAGUGCGACGUCCUCGUCGAGAACUACCUCCCCGGCGGACUGAAGAAAUACAACAUGGACUACGAAACCCUCAAGGAGAUCAACCCGAAGCUGAUCUAUGCCAGCAUUACGGGGUAUGGCCAAACCGGUCCCUACAGCAACCGAGCCGGCUACGACGUUAUGGUUGAGGCGGAGAUGGGUCUGAUGCAUAUCACCGGGUCCCGGGAUGGACCGCCCGUCAAGGUCGGUGUCGCAGUCACAGAUCUAACAACGGGACUGUAUACCUCCAACGCCAUUAUGGCAGCAUUGCUCGCCCGCGUACGGACAGGUAAGGGCCAGCAUAUCGACGCUUGUCUGAGUGACUGCCAAGUCGCGACGCUGUCGAACCUGGCCAGCUCCGCACUGAUCAGUGGAGAAAAGGAUUCCGGAAGAUGGGGCACCGCACACCCAUCGAUCGUGCCCUACCGCAGCUUCAAGACCCGAGACGGAGACAUCCUCUUCGGCGGCGGCAACGACCGUCUCUUCGGCGUGCUCGCCGAUCGACUCGGCUUUCCGGAGUGGAAGACAGACCCCCGCUUUGUGACAAACAGCGACCGAGUCAAGCAUCGGGCCGAGGUCGAUGGCAUGAUCGAGGAUAUCACCAUGCAGAAAACCACGCAAGAGUGGUUGGAGAUUUUCGAGGGGAGCGGCAUGCCCUAUGCGGCUGUCAAUGAUAUUCAGGGAACAUUGAACCACGCGCAUGUUCAAGCCCGCGGCAUGGUCACCGAGGUGGACCACCCUGCCUGUGGGCCGAUUAAACUCGUCAACACACCUAUCAAGUACUCUGAGGCGACACCUGGUGUGCGCACGCCUCCUCCUACUCUCGGCCAGCAUACGGAUGAGAUUUUAACGGAGAUUCUGGAUUAUGGGGAGGGAGAUGUUUCCCGUCUGAAGGCUGAUGGAGUAGUGUCAUAG